CAUAACCACUUGAUGUCCAAGUCCAUACUUUUUGUUACAGGUAAAUGCAGUGCGUUGUUGCCGAAGCAGAUUUAGUGCUCUAACUCUAGAAGCAACAUCUCAAGUGAACAUAACUCAAAACAAAAUGACGGACCAUUCUGAAGAAGACCCGCGUUUCAUCAAUGCUGGGCGCAGCGAUUUGUCGUCUGGCGUCUUUUUCGGUGGUGAAGGAGGGGCUUCAUCUUCCUCUUCAGGCAGAGGAGGACACCGCUUCUAUGGCGGCGAAAAAACAGCUCCUCCACUCCACAGUGUGCUGAGGGUGCGCGUAGCCAGUAUCGUGGAUUUCGGUGCCUUUGUGCAGCCAAUAGUGGAAGACUCUAGGAGGUAUGACGACGACGACAAUGGUCCAGAAGACGACAGGAGGUAUAAACAGGGGUUAUUGCACAAGUCUCGGAUAUCUGGAACCACUAGAGUAGAGAAAAUCACCGACUUUAUCACAGAAGGCGAACAGCUUUUUGUGAAAGUGGUGGAAGUAGGAGGAGGUGGAGAAAAAGGCUCUUCAGGAGGAAAAAAAGAUGAAGAACACGAUGUCGAUGGGCCAGGAGGUGGAGCUUCAGGAUCCAGAUCUAGUUCUUCCGGUGGCAAAUACAGUGUCGACAUGCGUUUUGUGCAACAAGCGACUGGGCGAGAUCAAGAUCCCGACAAUACAGAGUACGAAAAGAAAGAGGCAGCCAGAAAAGGUGGCGGAGACAAGGGUCCUCCUGGUGGAGGCAAAGGUGAAGGCAAGAAAGGAGGUAAGAAAAAAGGUGGUUUCAGACCGGAUGACAAGAUCGAGCUCGGCGCCAUCCAUCAUAAUGUUACCUGUACACGCUGUGGCGCGACAGGACAUAUAGCGUUGGAGUGUUUUGCUUCGAAAAAGUACGAUUUGAUUCCUGAAGACGCUGAGCUCGGUGGUCGUGAUGAGAAAAAUGCAAGUGGUAGUGGCUCUGGUGCAAACAGUAUACCAAUCGGAAAAUCAUUUGGUGCUGCUGUCGCUGCACAACGAAAUACUGGUGCUGAAGGUUCUAGUACAACGGGAGGAUCCUUGUCUAUGUUUGGAGGAGGAGGACGAGGAGGAGCCUCUGGCUCUGGGACAACAGGCGACUGGGCUUCCCAAGAGGAAAAAUUGGUGAUGCGACGCCAUAUAUCAACAGAGCUAGAACUGUUCCGUGGUGUUGUCGUCCAGAGUCAGCAACCGGCAGCAAGGAGACAGAAAUUCCUAGAGGGAUUUGGAUCAGAAGCGACCGCUCUAUUCUUCUUAGACAAGGACAAUGAUCCUGCCAUAAAAAGUGCCGCAGGUGGACUAGGAAGUGAGGAGGAGAGAAAACGACAACUGCAGAUCGAGAAGAAGCGACAAGAGCGGAGUUUGAGGGAUAAGUGGGGCACUGAGCUCUUCGAAAAAGUCAAAGAAGAGGCGAAGAAGCUAAAGAAGGAGUUAGAGAAGGGUGGUAAGAAAUCGAAGAAGCAGUCCAAAGCAGACGCGAAGAUGGAUAAAAAAGCUGCAAAAAAAGCCGCAAAAGAACAUUAUGAAAAAUUGAAACUUUAGACAAAAUACAAUAUAUAUUCUAGUAGUUGUUCAAGAAUUACUUCCCUCUGUAUCCUUAACUUGAGUACUCGAACAUAUAUACGUCACUUUCAUACCCCAAAGAAGGCAGCGAAAAAAUCACGAAAGAAGGAGAAGAAGGAGCUCAAGAAAGUGCGGAAAGAGAAGAAGCACGCAGCCAAGAAGAAAAAGAAACGGAAAGACGACUCAUCAUCUUCUUCCGAUUCACCCGACUCGUCUGACGAUAGUGGCAUGUCUGACGACUCUUAGAAGUGUGACUGCAUGUAGUCAAAGCGCUACUGCGAAUGCUAAAAAACCAGUGAUGAACAAACGUCUGCUCACCCCGUUUUAUCGCCUCUUCAUCAAUGCCAGUCUACCCGUCGAAGUACCUCCUUUAACUUGAACUUAGC